CUGUCAUUAAAUGGCAGGACUUUAAACGUGUUAUCAAUUUAUUUUUAAAAUUCUGAAAAUAUUCGAGAUUUAUUAUUUGUUUUUAAAAUGGAGGCUGCCUUAAUAUUAUCUGCUUGUAUUUCGGCUGUGAUUAUUGUAUUGAUUAUAGCGUUAUUAAUGAGAAAUUUACAAAAAUCUUCGUCAACAUAUGUUCCAGAAAAUGACGAACAGAGGCUUCGAGCUGUACCAAUUAAUCGUGAAGAUGGAGGAGGACAAAGGCGGGCUGGUAGAAAUGUUAGAGCAAGAAUGAGAGCAGCUGCCGCAAGACAACUAGAAGAAGAAGAAGAUGAAGAAAAUGAUCCACUUGCAGAAGAAAUAGCAUUACCUGAUGGUAAAAUUGGUGCUAAAAAAAGAAAAAAGUUAGAAAUGAAAGCUGAAAAAAGAGCACAAAGAGAGAGAGAUUUAGAAGAACGUGAAGAAAGAAAACGUAGACAAGCUUUAUUAGAUGAACAAAGAAGAGUAGAAGAUGAGAAAAGAAAAGAAGAAGAAGCAAGACAGGAAGAAGAAGAAAAAAGACUUAAAAAAGAAAAAGAGCAGCAGGAAUUGGAAGAAUAUUUAAAAUUGAAAGAGAGUUUUCUUGUAGAAGAAGAAGGCUGUGAAGGAGAUAUUGAUGAACAAGCAACACAAAAUAAAUUACAAGAAUUUAUUAAUUAUAUAAAGACUUCUAAAGUUGUACUUUUAGAAGAUCUUGCAGCUAAGUUUCAACUAAAAACACAGGAUUGUAUCGACAGAGUCCAAGAACUUCUGCUUCAAGAACAGUUAGUGGGCGUCAUAGAUGAUAGAGGCAAGUUUAUAUACAUAACCCAUGAAGAGCUUGGAGCUGUGGCUAAAUUCAUCAAACAGCGCGGAAGAGUGUCAAUCAAUGAACUCGUCGAACACAGCAAUAAUCUCAUUAAUCUUCAAACAGAUGUUAAAUGUGAAGCAUAAAAAUGAUUUAUUUAAAUGAUAGAAAGUUUUAUAAAGUAUGAAAAUUUAUUAGAGUAUUUUUUUUUUAUUUAAGUAUACUUAAUAUAUGUUUAAGUUAUUACAGAAAGUUGGAUGAGAACUUUAUAUAUUAAAUAGAAUUUAAUUAUUUCUUUAAUCUGUAAAAAUUUCUUUUUAAAAC